CACCACCGCAGCAGCCAGCCCAGCCAGCCCAGCUUCUCCUCGUGCUUCACUCACUCUCUCCAUCUUCACCACAGCACACUUUGCUCCCCAUCAUUGGCACCGUCGCGCACCCGCAGUUACCAAUUAAUCCAGGGCUGCACACCGCAUGCACUGAGGUCGUGUGCGCUCGUGGAGGAGUGGUUUCCACGACCCUUGCUCGCGACAGCAAAGUUACCCGCUGUCUUUUAUGCAACAACUAUCGUGGCUUCAGAAUCUCGAAAGCGACUGCGGAGCCUCAGUUUGACCCCCCCAGAACAAGAAUAGCCUUUCGAAACAUCUCUAUCCCUAGACCAGGCAUUUUCAUUGUUACUUCAAAAACACCGAAUCCUAUCCCUAACCUCAAAUGUGUUUGCUGUGAAGACGGCCGGCGUCUGGCGGACCGUGAGAAGUCAGCAUUGAGGAGAGAUGGCAUCCCGACCGGCGAUCGAGCCCAGCGGGCGGCCAGAGCCAGGGCAGAUGUUGAUUGUAGUCCAUGACUUCUCAGCGCGCAGCUCAGAUGAAUUGAGCCUGUCGAAAGGGGAUCGCGUCGAGUUGAUCGAAAGGGACGAUGACUUUGGUGAUGGGUGGUACCUGGGACGGCAUUUGAUAAACGGAAACAGCGGUCUUUUCCCUGAAGUGUACACGAGGAUUGCUCCCCGCGCCCCCCCGUCAUAUCCACCAACAUCUUCUACACUUCCGCGAUCCCAGCCCAUCACAUUUGAGCCACCAAAAGAGAAGCCAGUGCAGCCAUCUGUGGCAUCCAUCGUCAAAGAAACUCCGAUUGCUUCUGAAUUCUCCUCCGCCCCUCCAAGCACCGAAGCAGACCCAACCCCACAGCCAAGCCGACAUGUUAGCGCCUCGGAACCUCUUGAUACUUCCAAAAUGACUUCACCGUUGGCUCCAUCAAGUAGUGCUCAAGAGACCGAAGCCCCGACUCCAACCUCUUCAAUCACGACCCCGAUCGAAAUACCCAUACCGUCGAAAAGCAUUACUGCCGUGAAAUCUCACGAUCAUGGCCAAGAUAGCCCGGUAAUGAACGAGACUUUGAGUGUCAUUGAUGAACACAUAACGGACAUGAAUUCGCCUCAUCAUAGCAUUACUGCAGCAGACCGGCGCCUUGCUACAGAUUCUGGAAGCGAAUAUAGCAGCCACCUAGAUCAAAGAUUAUCCUACAUAAACGGGGAAGAAACAGACGAGGAAGAGGAAGGGCAGCACACUCAAGAAGAGGUUGAAAAUUGGACAUCCGAUCAGGUUGCUGAGUACCUCUUCACUGCUGGGGUGGAGACAAAACACUGUGAGGUGUUCCGGGACCAGGAAAUCUCAGGAGAAGUCCUGUUAGGCAUGGAUCAAACUUCUCUAUUUCUUAAAGAAUUUGAUCUAGGUUCGGUUGGCCGAAGAUUGAAGACAUGGCAAAAAAUAAAGAGUCUUCAAGACGAGGUCAAAGGGGAUAUCUCAACAAGACGAAAUACCGCCACUUAUGGCAGUGAGGUUGGUUCCGAUGAUGCUGGUCGGCAUCGAAGCCGAAGUAUCAAUUCCUCGACAAUGCUUCCGAGGAUUCCAAGCAUGAUGGAGAGGCCAGGGUCUCGGCAGAAGACUCGCCUUUCUCAGCAGAGCAUCCCCAGAGCUGAACCUUCGCAGGGCACUUCUAUUUCUCCUGUGUCUCCCAUUUUCCCUCGAACCACCCACGAUACCCCUAGACCUAUGGGUGAAAAAAGGAGACCCUCUGCUGCAUCUAUCCGUGAUCUACAUCACUCCAGACAAAGUUCUGCAAAUGAAUUCAGUACAGCUUCUUUGAUGGGUAAAGUAGCAGGAGAUGGACUUGAAGCCCAAGAUACAACGCACAAAAAGCAGCCUUCUUUUGACAGAAAUUGGACAAUGGGCGCUGCUGCAUCACCGACACUAUCAGUAAUUCCAAGCCGUCCACUGUCUUCAUCAGAGAUCAAAACUAUUUCUAGAAGCUCAACUGAUCACUUGUCUCAAGGGCCGACUCAGUCUAGUAGUCCUUUUGAUUCACUUGAUCGGGGCUAUUUCUCAGGCGGUGAGAUUGAAGGACGGCAGAGAAAUGUUUUGAGAAAGCGAGGUAGCACGGCCACGACGACCACCCAUUCGCGAAAUUCUAGCUACACCGAUGAACAAAGGCUCCGAACAGCCACUGCACAUUCAAGACACUCUAGAUUUGGCAGUGUCGAUUCUAUUCGAGAUUCUGCUCCUCCAUCAGCUGCACAAAAAUACUAUGGGCUGUCAGUCAACGGUCGCCGACGAACGCCAUCAGAGAAUUCCAUCAACGCGCCUCCUCGACCCUUACCACCCCCGAAAGACGUCCCUUCUCCCACAGUCACGAAACUAGAAGGUAGCCCUUACGAAAAUACAACCAUGCCGAAAUCUCCAGAGGCGCGACAGGGUCGAGGUGCCGACUGGUUAUUACCUGUCAAACCGAUCUCUAAUAAACAUUUCGGUCUGAGGGCGAUAUCAGAUGCGGUCACAGGUCAUGAAAAGGCUCGUGUCACUUCACCAACGGACGCAGAUUCUUCAGUUGUAAAGGAAUCACCACUGCAAUCCCCGUCACGGACUGGUUCUAGCACCCCGUCUGGUGGCCCAAGUUUUGAACUUGAUUCACCUGAUGCUAAGAGCUCCAACACAACGAUGACGACUCCAGGCAGCGCACGGGCCAGUCGAAAGAAGUCCAAAAAGGAGACAAGUGCAUAUACUCGAGGACUUGAGAAGAAGACACCUCAAGAGCAGAUGAUUGGUGCAGACUAUAGUGGAUGGAUGAAGAAGAAGAGCACGAACUUGAUGACAACCUGGAAGCCGCGUCUAUUCAUCCUAAAGGGUCGCCGUCUGUCGUACUACUACUCUGAGAACGAUACUGAAGAAAAAGGCUUGAUCGAUAUUUCAUUUCAUCGUGUCCUUCCUGCUGAUACCGACCGCCUGACUGGGCUUCAUGCAACGCUUACCGGCGCUACAAACAGUCCCACCAGCCCAUCUGGAGCCCAUACUGUAACAAUCGCAGAGACAGAGGCUACCGCCGAGCCGGAGUCGACGUUAAGCAAGGGAAGCGGCGACUCGAUAUUCAUCUUCAAACUCGUACCUCCGAGGGCAGGCUUAUCAAGAGCAGUUACAUUUACAAAGCCCACUGUACAUUAUUUCGCGGUACCCAAUAUUAAGCAAGGACGACUCUGGAUGGCCGCACUCAUGAAGGCUACCAUCGACCGUGACGAUACCAAACCUAUCACAACUACAUACCAGCAAAAGACAAUCUCUCUUGCGAAGGCUCGGGCCAUGCGACAUCGUCCACCAGCGCUCAUGAAUCUCGAUGAGCAAGUUGACGAGGAAGCAAUGAAGACGCCUGCAAGCGACAAGAAUGGGCUGAAUAUUCAAGGCAUUAUCUUCGAUCGAGACCCGCAGGAGGGUGAUAGUGGGGUAUCUGGCGUUUCGAAGUCCGAUGCCCAGAAGCCGGACAGCACGUUCCUCGAUAUGAAUGGCUUGGGUGAGGCAUUAGCACACGAACCUCGGACGGCAUAAGCAGCAACUCGGGUCGCCCAGCACUACGUUUCCUGUUUAUACAUUUUGUGGCACCAAAAAAGGCUGCACAUUCCAUUCUCUUUCCAAUCUUCUGGUAACAAAUUCCUCUGUUACGUACCGUAUAUUUCCGUCUAAUUUCUUGGUUGAGGCUGGCACGCAGGACUGGCAGUGGAAACCAGGGGCAAUGGGUUGAUGAUAUCUGGAUGGGUUAGCCCAAAGAUGCCACGGACGUGAAGCAUGUGCUCAACGAUGGCGACGAGGAGCAAUGACCUUUCAAGCGAUUUACAUCGCAGCACUUUUGUAGCAUACAGAAGAUAGGGGAAGAGAAAUACCAACACAAAUGUUUGAUAUCAAGUCUUCUAUCCUCGCGGAUGUACUGUUCCU